UUACGCUAAUCCGCCAUUUUGUACGGAGCUGGCGGUGAUUCAGGGUUCGCCUUUCCCGGUUAAGUGUUUAUUGCGAGAAAACCAAGAAAACUUCAUACAAAUUGACUUCGUUUAUUGACUGUGAACAAAACAAACGUUACAGUGACAUAAUUUUGCUGCCUUACGUUGUGCUUUCGUGAUUUGUGAGUGCCCUCUAUCUGGAGCGCGUGGCUGGUGAUUCUUUGUUGUUGGAUUCAGCAUUUUAGACGGUAAGGUCGAGUCCAAUUUGUCGCAUAGCAACACGAGUCGAGUAAAACAGGGGCGCGGGGUUUAAGGCGACGUAUCUCACUCCUUGGAAUUGAGAGUGUCGUAGUGGCGUAGUGUUGUGUUGUUUGGUGCAGUGUGUGUGCGUGUGGAGCUAUUGCGUGCUAGUGCGCGUGUAGUGCGUGUCGUAUAGUGCGCGGUGCGGUGCGCGGGCAGCGAGGCAACGGUGCGGCGGCGGUGGCGCCCACCACAGCGUCAAGUCAAUGCCGGUGCGCCGAUGGACCGGUGAUCGCGCCCUGACUACGUCACAACAGCAGCGCUGGUGACGCGCUGCGGAGCGGCGGUUAAAGCGGCUCUGCCGCUUUAAAUGGACAAACGCAAGAUGAUGCCAAAGAGAGCGCGUAUGGACAGCAUGCGGGGUCCCAUCGCUAACGGACCCCUGCAAUCUAGGCCGCUGGUGGCUCUACUAGACGGGAGAGAUUGUACGGUGGAGAUGCCAAUCCUGAAGGACGUGGCAACGGUGGCGUUCUGCGACGCGCAGUCCACCUCGGAGAUCCACGAAAAGGUGCUCAAUGAGGCAGUGGGCGCGCUAAUGUGGCACACUAUUAUCCUUACUAAGGAGGACUUGGAGAAAUUCAAGGCGUUACGUAUUAUUGUCCGCAUCGGAUCGGGCGUCGAUAAUAUUGAUGUUAAAGCAGCCGGUGAAUUGGGUAUAGCGGUGUGCAACGUGCCGGGCUACGGCGUGGAGGAGGUGGCCGACACCACUCUGUGCCUCAUCCUCAACCUCUACCGGCGGACCUACUGGCUCGCCAACAUGGUGCGCGAGGGAAAGAAGUUCACAGGUCCGGAGCAGGUGCGCGAGGCGGCGACGGGGUGCGCGCGUAUCCGCGGCGACACGCUCGGUAUUGUGGGCCUCGGCCGCAUCGGGUCCGCGGUCGCGCUGAGAGCCAAGGCCUUCGGCUUCAACGUCAUCUUCUACGACCCCUACCUGCCCGACGGCAUCGAGAAGUCGCUGGGCCUCACCAGGGUCUAUACGCUGCAGGACCUCCUAUUCCAGAGUGAUUGUGUGUCAUUGCACUGCAGCCUAAAUGAACACAAUCAUCACCUCAUCAACGAGUUCACUAUCAAACAGAUGCGCCCUGGCGCGUUCCUGGUGAACACGGCGCGCGGCGGGCUGGUGGACGACGAGGGCCUCGCCACGGCGCUCAAGCAGGGCCGCAUCCGCGCCGCCGCGCUAGACGUACAUGAGAACGAGCCCUUCAAUGUGUUCCAGGGUCCCCUGAAGGACGCGCCGAACGUGUUGUGUACGCCGCACGCUGCGUUCUACUCUGACGCGUCGGCGCAGGAGCUGCGCGAGAUGGCCGCCUCUGAGAUCCGGCGCGCGAUAGUCGGCCGCAUCCCCGAGUGCCUGCGCAACUGCGUCAACAAGGACUACUUCCUGGCGGGAGGCGCGGGCCCGGUGCUGAGUGCGCCCGCGCCCCCGCUCGCCGCGCCCGCGCCCUACGGAGACGCCGUCAAUGGCGGGUACUACGGCGGGGCGCAGGCGGCGCACUCCACCACUGUGCACGAGCCUCCCGCGCUCCCGCCGCAGCCCGCGCCUCCGCCACCGCAGCCUCCGCAGCCGCCCAUCACACUACCCAUCAACACUUCGGACCCGCUGAAGCAGGAGAGCUCCGACGUGCACUAGGCGGUACGUUACAGUACCGCGACACACACACAGACAAACAAUAGUUUUAUUGAUUCCAUCGCAACUAUGUCAUAAGUACCGUAUGUCGUAAGCCAGCGAGUGAUAUAACGAGCGGCGGCGUUUGCAUUGCACCGGACGACACGACGCGGCACUGUGCGACACUGUGCGGCACUGUGCGACACUGUGCGACACUGUGCGACUACUGCAAGGAACAUUCAGAGACAGUGGAUCAAAGAGAGCUUGUGAGACAUGGAGGUGUGUCAGUGCAAACGUCGCGUUUGAAGAAUUAAUUAAAAAAAAUAUAUAAAUAAACAUUUGAGCGAAUAGUUGAUUCUGUGUUUGUAUUUGGUAAGGACAGCUAUGCAUAUAUAAUAUUAUGCGUGUGACGUCGGCUGUUUGUGUGGGGCUUAGCCGGGUUGUGCUGGGACAUUUUUGGGUUUGUCCUUUAAAUAUAUAUUUUUUUUGGAAUGGUUUAAGUUUAUUUUGUCCAUUCCGUUAUUUUCGUAUAUAUAAUGGCAAACUGUAAAAUGCCCCCGCUGGGAGAUCUCACCGAGUGGCUUUAUAUACCUUUUUAUAUGAAAUUAGCUGUUUGCUAUUUAUAUAUGUAUAGGAGCCCUAGUUGUCUACAUGUAGGGUAGUCGCCAUUUGAACAUUUCAUUUGAUGGUACAACUUUAAUACAAAUGAAUUGUUUCCGCUGCGGCAAAUUUAAUAUUGUUUGAUAAUAGAUUUUGUUCUAAAAAACAAUAUGAGAUAUGUUACUUGCUUAGAGUAUAGACGUUUAGAUAUUUGUUUGUGCAUGUCAAAGGUUAGCAGUCACUCGGUGGGGGAAAUGCAACAAAUACUGUUAAUUUUAAGUUAUCAACGACGUAGAACUAUCAUCACACCUUUAUAACUACAAGAGGUUACAUGUUUUUUUUUUUCUUUUGAAAUGUACAAAAUCACGCUAUCGUUUGAUUAGGUUUUUUUUUUUUUUCAUUUUUUUUUUGUCUAAAUAGAAUUAAGUGAUAUGGAUUUGUAAAUGCGCUGCGGACAGCAACUGGCAAGGUGUAGGGCCCCGGCCCAGCCCAGCCCGCUACAGAUGUGAGAAAUUGGUAUUUAAAAAUUAGUAUUUACUUACAGUUUUAGUUAAUGACAAAACAAUGUGUAUAUUUUAUGAGAAA